AUGUUCUCCAAAACUGCCCUGUUAUUGGCGAUCAGCGUCCUCUCCCAUUUCUCGGGGGUAGCUCUCGGGUCACCCACCCUGGAAGCGAGGCAAUCGGCCGACAAUAUCGUCUACGUCACCAAUGCCGCAGCGUUCUGUAUGAUCAUGCCUCGGACCCCACACACCAACAUCGGGGACAGCGAGCAUCCGGGCGGGAUGCAGACAUACUGUUCGCCAAGUGGGAAGUACGACUCUUCCCAAGGCCAGCUGUCCGCAAACUUCUGGAGUAACAUAGAAUUUAAGACGGGCACGAGUUCCCGCGGAGCGAGGUUUGCACAACUGACAGGGUGCAUUCGACCAGAGACACUGGAUCGACUGAACUCCAAUGAUGGUGGAGGGCAAUAUGAUUCAAGUGGUGGAGCUGGGGGGCUUGGAAACCCACAAGGGAGUGUCUGUCUUGGGUACAACCACUACGUUGAGCUCGUUGAGCCGGGUGAUAGACGCGCGUGCAUCAAAUGUUGUGAUAACUACGACGAUUGUCCUUUGGACAAAGACACUCAAGGAUGCCCCAAUGUUAUUCAAGGCAACUACUUCGAUUGUUGGUGA